GGCGCGUUAGGUCCUAGUCGCUAUGCGUGUGCUUGUGGGUGGCGGGACUGGCUUCAUUGGGACAGCCCUAAGCCAGCUGCUGAAUGCCAGAGGCCACGAAGUGACGUUGGUCUCCCGACAGCCUGGGCCCGGCCGGAUCACGUGGGAUGAGCUCGCUGCAUCUGGGCUGCCGAGCUGCGAUGCCGCCGUCAACCUGGCCGGAGAGAACAUCCUCAACCCUCUCCGAAGAUGGAAUGAAACCUUCCAAAAAGAGGUUCUCCGCAGCCGCCUAGAGACCACCCAAUUGCUGGCUAAAGCCAUCACCAAAGCCCUACAACCCCCCAAGGCGUGGGUCUUAGUCACAGGUGUAGCUUACUACCAGCCCAGUCUGACUGCAGAGUAUGAUGAAGACAGCCCAGGAGGGGACUUUGACUUUUUCUCCAACCUCGUAACCAAAUGGGAAGCUGCAGCCAGGCUUCCUGGAGAUUCUACACGCCAGGUGGUGGUGCGCUCGGGUGAGAAACAGGGGCCUGUGUAUCAGACAGGGUUGGAAUGUCUUCUCUGGGCUGAGGAAGUGAUGGGAUUAGGAGAGCUGAUGGGAUUAGGAGAGCUGAGAUUACAGAGUGAGAGGAUGCCACGACUUCUAGCCAACCUGCAGAUGAGAAGGUGUGAAGUCUUAGACAGCCAUACCACUCACUUCUGUUACAGAGCCAAGUCAGCAUGGGGAGAGUGGGAAAGGGGAAACAGAAAUCAGGAGGAGCAGUGGGGCUGCUUCAAGGCUGAGAGGACCUCUGUACCUUCCCUCUUGCCUGCUGUAGGGGUUGUACUGGGCCGUGGGGGUGGUGCCAUCGGCCACAUGCUGCUGCCCUUUCGGCUGGGCCUGGGGGGCCCCAUCGGCUCAGGCCACCAAUUCUUCCCCUGGAUACACAUCGGGGACCUGGCAGGAAUCCUGACCCAUGCCCUUGAAGCAAACCACGUGCACGGGGUCCUGAAUGGAGUGGCUCCAUCCUCCGCCACUAAUGCUGAGUUUGCCCAGACGUUGGGUGCUGCCCUGGGCCACCGAGCCUUCAUCCCUCUCCCCAGCACUAUGGUGCAAGCUGUCUUUGGGCGAGAGCGUGCCAUCAUGCUGUUGGAGGGCCAGAAGGUGAUCCCACGACGAACACUGGCUACUGGCUACCAGUACUCCUUCCCAGAGCUAGGGGCUGCCUUAAAGGAAAUUGUAGCCUAAGUAGGUCAUGGCAAGGGCCUGAGGCCUGUCCCUCAUAGGCUUCCAGGUUAGGCACUGUGAAUAGGCUCAGCUCCUCUAGAGAGCUGAAGCCAUCUGGUUCUUAGAUUCCUCCCCCAGUCCUCUUUCCCAUUGUUCUGUUGCUCCACCUUAUUGUCUCAAGGCUGUAAUCUCAUCAGGUUGGGACAUUAAUCUUUUCAACUCCUUGUAAGAUUUCCCAGUUGAGUUUCUCUACAUGUCCUGCAGCUGCCCCACUUCUCCUUUAUGCUGUGUAGAAAAUGCUCUGCAGUUUAGGCAAUAAAGAUAAAUUAUCUCACUAA